AUGUACAGCUCCUCGAAGAAUCCCCCAUCGUGGCCUAACCCCUCUACUCGCUCAUCUACAGAAUCAGGACCGCAAUCUAGCAACCACGAGUCACCGCGCGUAUCGACGGAAGAACGACCCCGAUUCCUCUUGCACAAGUCUCCAAUUCGGAUCCCCCGCGAAGCAAAGUGGAUAUGCAGCACCUGCGGCGUACCGCAUGCCUUUACACGAACAGCCGCUAUCCGACCUCUAGGAUAUCUUAUAUGCGGACUCUGUGGCACAGUCGCCAACUACACGGUGGAGCUCCGGAACAUGUCGCACCUGCAGCGCCUCUGGGGAACGUCCUUCAUGCUUUCCAUACCGCCGGGCGAGCUGGCCCCGCCCCGUACCGUCUUCGUCUGGGUAUGUUGUCACUGCGGACGCUCACAUCAGCAAUAUCCAGUCCCUCUUCACCGUCCGCCGACGCCGCCAACGCCACCGCCGUCUGGAUUGCGACGGCCCAGCUUCCGUGGCCGCUUUCUUGGCUCUCUCAGAAAGGAGAAGCAGGAAGAGAGCGAAGUGCCAAUUAAAGACCUCAUAACGAGCCAUGCUCCGGGCGCACAGUCAGAAGAGCGUAGAGCAUACAGGGUCAAGUUCACUGAGUCCUGGUGCAAGUGCGGGCAUAACGCGUGUGUCAUCUGCUUGUUGGUCAAAGUGGAAUGGGAGGAAGAAUGGGUGUCGAUCGUAGCGUAA